CGGGGUUCGGCGCGCGCCUCUCGAGGGGGCGCAGCGCGCCGGAGACCGGCGACGCGGGCGCGAACACGCGCGCGAGCACGGGUCCGGCCGAGAGACGAAGACGUAGAAGCACUGUGUGCAUCCCCUGGGGCACCAUUUUGUCCUAUCCCCGCCGCCGACGCUUUGGCUGGCCGCCCGAAGUGGGUACAGCUCAAGGGGCCCAGGGGCGCACAAAUAAAUGCACGCAAAUACCAGGAUUCCCCGAGUAGAGCAUGGGUCUGGCCGAGACGCAGAUGGGUCUAGACCUGGUGGUGCUCUCUGGCAAGGGGCAAGGCCGUGUCGAAGAUGGACAGCAAGUUCAUCCUUCUGGGCCCAGUGGUGGACGAUGCGCGGGAUCGCCCUUGGCUGCGGGAUGCAGCAGCGACCGCUACCCUCACGGCGGCUAUCACGGAGGUAGUCUGCGAGGUGAAGAAUGGCGUGUUCGGUUGCCUUGGGCACCCUCGCAAGCAGCACGGGCACGGCCAAGACGAAGAAACACGGCAACUUCGUCGGAACACCCUCGGUGAGGGACCAGCGCCGGGGAAGGUCUCCGUGAAGCAGGCCGUGAGGCUUCGGGAUUGGGGCUGGGGGGGGGCGGUCCCUCCUCGGUGCUGCUCCUGG